GGGACUAGCACAAACCAAAAACACUUCUACUACACAACUUUUAUAUUAGAUAGAUUCUUUGAUAGUUGAUAGAUAUUGAUACCAUAUGAUACCAUAGCAUACCCCCUUCUUCAAUCUCUCCAAAAACCUAGAACCAACCUUUCUCUUUAUAAUUUUUUUAAGAUAAAACAUUACUACUGUCUCUUUCACAGCCUCUAUUCCUCUCCUUUUUAUAGUUUUUGUGUUUCUGUGUGGGUGUUCUCCUCCUUCAAUCCUUCUUUGCAAUUGCCAUGGCGGUUACCACCACCAAUCUUUCUUCCCUGUCUAAACCAGCUCUCUCUUCCCUAAAUUCGAAGCCUCACAUACCCCCAAAAUCCCCUCUUUCUCUCCUCCCAAAAACCCUUCAAAAACCCUCUCUUUUCUCUUCUUCUUCUUCUUCUUCUUCUUAUGUUUUUUCUCAUACCCACAGAACACACCUCGCUCUCUCCUCUAAAAAUCCCAUAUCUGAGGUUAUCUCCGCGAAUCAAAAAUACCCAGGUGACGGUUUUGUUGAUUAUGAAAAUGAUGAUGACGAUAAGCCCCGUGAAGAGUGUGGUGUUGUGGGUAUUUUUGGUGACCCGGAAGCCUCUCGUCUUUGUUAUUUAGCUCUUCAUGCUUUGCAGCAUCGUGGCCAAGAAGGUGCUGGUAUUGUUGCUGUUAAUGACAAUAUUUUGCAAUCUGUAACUGGUGUUGGGUUAGUUUCUGAAGUGUUUAAUGAAUCAAAACUUGACCAGUUACCUGGUGACUUAGCUAUUGGUCAUGUUAGAUAUUCUACGGCUGGGUCUUCUAUGCUUAAAAAUGUUCAACCUUUUGUUGCUGGGUAUAGGUUUGGGUCUGUUGGGGUUGCGCAUAAUGGGAAUUUAGUUAAUUAUAAGAAAUUGAGGGCUAUGCUUGAAGAUAAUGGUUCAAUUUUUAAUACUAGUUCUGAUACUGAGGUUGUUUUGCAUUUGAUUGCUAUAUCAAAGGCUAGACCUUUUUUUCUUAGGAUUAUUGAUGCAUGUGAACAGUUAGCAGGGGCUUACUCUAUGGUUUUUGUGACUGAGGAUAAAUUGGUUGCUGUGAGGGAUCCUUAUGGCUUUAGGCCUUUGGUUAUGGGGAGGAGGAGUAACGGUGCCGUAGUGUUUGCCUCUGAGACUUGUGCUCUUGAUUUAAUUGAGGCCACAUAUGAGAGAGAGGUAAAUCCUGGUGAGGUUUUAGUAGUUGAUAAAGAUGGGAUUCAAUCACUUUGCUUAAUGCAGCAUCCUGAACCAAAGCAAUGCAUAUUUGAGCAUAUUUACUUUGCUUUGCCUAAUUCAAAUGUAUUCGGUAGGUCUGUUUAUGAGUCGAGGCAUCUUUUUGGUGAAAUACUUGCUACAGAGGCUCCUGUAGAUUGUGAUGUUGUGAUAGCGGUCCCCGAUUCAGGUGUAGUGGCUGCACUUGGUUAUGCAGCCAAAGCAGGUGUGCCAUUUCAGCAAGGAUUGAUUAGGUCACACUAUGUAGGCAGGACCUUCAUUGAGCCAUCGCAGAAGAUUAGGGACUUUGGUGUUAAGCUUAAACUAUCGCCAGUGAGAGGGGUAUUGGAAGGUCAAAGAGUUGUAGUUGUGGAUGAUUCAAUUGUGAGAGGAACUACCUCUUCCAAAAUUGUUAGGUUGCUUAAGGAAGCUGGGGCUAAGGAAGUUCAUAUGAGGAUUGCUAGUCCUCCAAUUAUCGCAUCUUGUUACUAUGGAGUAGAUACACCAAGUUCUGAAGAACUGAUAUCUAAUAGGAUGACUGUGGAGGAAAUCAGGGAGUUUAUUGGGUGUGAUUCGCUUGCCUUUCUUCCAUUGGAUAGCUUGAAGAAUUUGUUGGGGAAUGAUUCAUCAAACUUUUGCUAUGCUUGCUUCUCUGGGAAGUACCCAGUUGAGCCGAAGGAACUUAAAGUAAAAAGGGUUGGUGAUUUUGUGGAUGACGGGUUAUAUGGAAGUAUCGACUCCAUUGAUGGGGGUUGGGUUCAGGGACCCAGAAAUCAGAAUGUGGAGAAAGUCAGCGAUGUCCGAAAGCUGUCAUCCUUGUCAUGAUUCAUUGUUGUUUUCUGUUUCCUCCAAUUUGUCGAACUGAUGGGUUAUAAACACAGAGGUAUUGAGGGUAUCAAGUAUGUGAUACAGAGAGUGGGAGACGUCUUCAAUGAUUAUAAUAUAAUCUUUAUAUGCUUCUGUCGAUUACUUGAGGUUCCCAAACUAGAACUCACACAAUUUGCCGGGUAUUUAAAUUUUGUUAGAUUUAAUACGUUAAGUACUUGGUUUAUCUUUUCUAAAGGAGCGAUAAUUUUUGCUGUUA